UUCUGCCAGCCUACCUUGCGAAAGUAAACUUCCAUGAGACCACAUUUCCACUCGAUGGAAGAAAUUCUCUGAUCACGAAGCGCAUCGCCUCGAUCCAAGACAAGAUGGAGCCGAUAGACAAGCCAGACCACAAUCUCGUGGAGCAACAGGUCAAGGAUGUGAUCCAGGACCUCUUCCAGGUAAUGGUCCAGGUAUCAUCCUACGACGCCGCCGGCCGGCCAAGCAGAGAAGUCCUGGCAAAUGAACUACAAACCCUCUCCGAGUCCCUCCGCUCAGUCCACACGGCCGCCUCCUCCCUGCCCCCCGGCGGCGGGCCGCGCGUCCCGGACCUGCUGGUGCAGUACGUCGAGAACGGCCGCAACCCGGACAUCUACACGCGCGAGUUCGUCGAGCGCGUCCGCCGCAUGAACCAGCUCGCCCGUGGCAAGAUGCGCGCCUUCGCCGCCUUCAGGGACGUCCUGGCCGCGCAGAUGGACGCCGCCCUGCCCGAGCUGAGGGGUGACGUCGGGCGGGUCGUCGAGGCUACGGGGGGGAGGGGGGAGGCGGAGGGGGAGCGGGAUGGUGCGGGUGCUGGUGAUGGUGAUGCGCCUGGGCCUGGGGCUGGGGCUGGGAUGGGCGGUUUUGCUGCGCCGGGGGGGCGGGUAGUCUAGGUGGUCUGGGAGAAUGUCUUUGUGGUGGAGGCGGCUAAAGGUCCGGAACAGCGAUGAGAAGACCGCCUGGUCUAGUUCUGGCCUGU